AUGAGCUACAACGAAAGGUUGCAUUUACACGAGACAAAUCUCACUCCGAUGACAGCACCAUCUUAUAGUCCUUACUACUCAGUAACAGACGAUCAAAAACGCUAUUCCGAUGAUCCCUACUCGCAAAACUCGUCCUAUGUCGGCUCCAGGACUGCACACGCGGAUGCUGCCACUUCCUACAUAUACGGACCCUAUGGAGUGCCGGACAGUAGCAUGUCAUCCAUGCCUCGGCCGUCCCACCAUCACCAUCAUCUACCAGAUACGGGUCGCUCAUCAGCUUCGAUGCUCGAAGAGCAUGGUCAAGAUUCGUAUAACCUUGUUGGACAAGAAGGGAUGCCUUCUCCUGCGCGGCGGCCUCAGCGACCUAGGGUCAAGUUUAGCAAGGAGGAAGACGAGCUUCUGAUUGAGCUAAAGGAAAAGAGGCAUCUUACGUGGAAGCAAAUUGCCGACUUCUUCCCAGGACGUAAUCCAGGCACAUUGCAGGUGAGAUACUGUACGAGGUUGAAGACGGAGGGCACAUCGUGGACAAGAGAGAUGGACGAAAGGCUCUUGGACGCUUUGAAGAGCUACGAGGACGAGAAAUGGCGCAUUGUUGCGCAGCGAGUUGGGAAUGGUGUCACACCAAUGGGAUGCUGCAAUCGCGUGUGGGAGCUAUUCAACGAUGAUCUUGAUGAUGCCUCGCAAUUUUCCUUUUCACAUGAGAGCUGA